AACCCCCCGUGGGGCCCGACCGUUCUACUCGCGGGGCGGCGCAUGGCGAGGCGGCGACCGCCGGCGAGAGAGAAGAGGGAUCCCGACGUUGCUCGGUCGGGAGGCGAGGCGCCUCCUCCUACGCCUCGCGCUCGCCGGCGGCGCCGCUGCCCUCGAUCCUGGCCUUCCCUCCCCCAGUUUCGAUUUGAAGGGCGUUUCGUCUGGGAUCUCUUCCUGGUGUUUUCGAGAUGGGCAAUCAGUUCCUUCAAAAAUAAUAUAUGUGCAAUCAGUUCCUUCAAGAAACACAUGCAUCACACUGGGCACAGGCCAUGUCAUAUAUCUUUUGGGAUAGGGGUGGUGACAAGCGUUGGAACCCAGGGCGGUCGCCCGUAGCGUGGAUACUUUCUCUUUUAGAAGUUUUUAUUGAUUUUAGGCUUGGCCCUGGUUGUUUCUUCCUCAGUUUGUCCCAUCCAGCUUAGAGGCUGUAUCAAUGUUUAACAUCAUUCGCAUAUCUUCCUUGUUAAGGAAUCAGUUAUAUACCUUUUUUUCUUUGUAGAAAUCAACCGCUCAUCUCAUUAUUUUUGUUGGUACAUUAUCAUGUGGAUAGAUAUGUAGGUUUGAUGCCUAAAAAGAGCAGAUGUGGUGAUGCAAUUGGGGCUAGGGUGAGUGUCUAUUGCGGCAUUAAGGUAGCAUGCAAUCACGGCUACAACUACUGGUUUUUGUCUUUUGUGAAGUUAUCUUGUACAUCGGUGCAAUUAGCGCUCAUGCAUACAUCAUGUAGGAUUGCGUGCUCGCAACAUUGCCUGCCAUGCGCCAGGUACCACCACAAGAUCAAAUUCACCGGCAUGAAUUAACCCAUUGAUUAUAUGAUAUAUCGUCACGACACCUCUGCACAGGAAGACUCCUAGUAGUAGAAUUCUUGGUAUGCAUGACAGCAUAUGCUAUAAAUCAGUGAAACUGUUGCAUGCUAUAAGUAAUGAAGCUGGCCAAGAAAUUGCCUUAUUUACUCUCCAGACUUUUUCCUGAGGAAUCAUCUUAAAGCAGCACAUCACCAUUUGGUUUGUUUUGACAUUUGAAAGUUGAGACUUGAGACCCUUUAGGACUUGGAAGUUCUAAUGGUUGCAACUGAAGUAUUGAUAUUAACACUAGGUACUGAAUGAAGAAAAAAAAUAUUACUGUGGGCGAGAGCUAGGGAGAACAUGUAUGUGUCCUAUAUGCGCCUUAGGUAAAUUUGACAACAAAAUUCGAAACAGAAGAGAAGUAAAUAGAACAAUUAGGUUUUCAUGCAUCUGUUCAAUCUGUUUGUCUUUUUUUGAACUUGUUUCUGCGUUGACUAUUCGAAAUGCAGGUUGGGUCAAAUCAAAGGGUGUGCCAAAAGCAAGCGUGAUGAUAGAGAACAGAUAACCUUCUUAGACCAUGAACAAUCUUAGAGAGAUAAGCACUGGCUUGCAUUGUACAUGGUCUUGCAUGUUCUUUACAUGGAAACUGAAGAAGCACAAGAGGACAAAAUAAUGAUGAUGUUAACUUUUAUUUCUCAAGUAAGUAUAUCUUGUUCAACCUCCCUAUCCAAAUACAGGUCACUUUUUGAAUAAAAAAUUAGAUGGUCUAUACUCCUUAAGUUCUUGUCCUUUUCUGACAUCGUCUGGUAUAUAGUGUGUAUCUUUUGGCUUUGGUGAAGGUCUCACGCCAAAAGAAGGUAUUAGAUCCAUAUAUGGUUAGAUCCAUCACAAACAUUGGUAGCCUUUCAGCGUCAAAAAACAUUGGUAGCCUUCGUUUCUUCCCCUUAGGGUCUCACUGACCUGAUGGAAAAUCUUUCAGUUUUAGUUCUUGAUCAGGAUCCGGUUUCCCUGUGGACCAUCUCCAAUAUGCUUGCUAGAUUCAACUUCAAAGUUCUUCCUUUCCAUACACCGGAAGAGGCCCUAGAUUCACUUAAAAGGGGGGUUGCUAAAGAUGAAGAGCUUGAUUUGAUAGUAGCGGAAGUUCAUCCUGGCAAUACAGAGUUGGGCACCUUGGUGCUGUUUCACCACAUCCUGAAUGAACUUGAAGUACCUCUCAUCACUAUGUGUGCCUAUGACGAGGCAGUCUCUGCACACAUGACCCUUGGAACAUGGUUCAAUGUGGUUAAGCCGUUGGAUACUGAAACCAUUAAUUUUCUGAGGAUGAGAGCACUGCAACACAGGUCUAUCAAAAAUCACAGGUCUGAAACUGAGGAUGAAGAACAAGAUGCGUUGAACGCAAAUGUGUAUUCCGAUAAUCUGGGUCGGUUCACGUGGAGCAGUGAGCUCCACGAAAAGUUCUUGCAGGCUGUUGAAGUGCUUGGGGCGUCUGCCACGGCUGGAAAAAUUCACCAGUACAUGAAUGCCAAGGAUUUGAAUUUGACCAGACAGCAUGUCGCAAGCCAUCUCCAGAAACACCGGCUGUGGGCACAGAGGUUAUCUCAGGGUUAUCAACAUUAUGCCAGCAUGAAAGAAUUAUCUGAGAUGAUUUCAUCGUCAUACAAGUUAGCCAGUGCUAAACCCAAUAAUUAUCCGGCAACAACCCAGACGCAGUUCACACAUGGGGUUGCCUCUUCUAUCUGGGACAAGUACCCUGGGAUGGUGUGGCCACAUGUGGAGGGAAGUUCAGCUGCCUCUGCUAUGUGGUACAAUUACCCCGGAAAGCCGUGGGGACAACUGGGGGAGAGUUCGGCCAGAGCAGAAGUUUCCCAGAUUAAUGCAGGCCCACCUUCUGUUCUGAUUCAUGGUACCAAGUCCAUUUGGGACCGGUACGAGGAGAGCCUGCAGUACUAUAAUGGGAGCCUGGCAAAUAAACGUGAAGUGCUGCCUGUGAAGAGCAAAACAGCUGAUGUAUAUGGACGCAAGAUUUUCAUCAACCUGGAGAGAGAGGAGACCAGUCGUACUGAAGCAGCAGGCAAGAUUGUCAUCGGCCUGGAGAGCGAUGACAUGCACGAAGGCACCAUGGACAACGUGCAUGCUGCAGUUACUCCGCAGAAAGAUACCAUGGAGAAGGUGCAUGGCGCAGUUACUCCGCAGAAAGAUGCGAUGGACGAGGUGCACGCUGCAGCUAUUCCGCAUGGAGUGAACGAGGUGCCUGCUGCAGCCAUGGGCGCUGGUGAUCUGAUGGACCUUGGGAGCGAAGCCCUGCUUGACGGUAUGGACAACUACCACCCCAGUGCAGAAAAUGCGCAGUCUGAGCCUUUCAGCGACUCGGAUUGGGAUGAGUUGGAGAAAUUCUGGAUGAACCAGAUGGAAGGACAGGGCCAGGAGCAGCAAGGCCUCGUACCAUUGGAUCUGCUCCUGGUAGACGGCAUUGCGCCAGAUGAACUGCUCCAGGAAGACGAAGCCUGGAACCAGGCGCUUCAGCCAGCAAACCCGGCGAACGUCGUCAACAACGCACCCAUAGCUGAAGAACCCGCCACUGGAGACGCCCCGGUGUACGAUUCUGCGAACCAGUCAGGCGUCGCCGACAACGUGUUCUGUGUCUGGAGCCCCCAGUUUGCAGGCGAUGACUAUGGCAUACCGUUCUAGGGCCGCCAGAAGAGGGGCAACUAAAGAACUGCUUUUAUCUUAUAAUAUAAUAAUGUAUUAUAAGUAAUAAGGGUUCCUGUGGCAUUGGUUAAACCCAUUCGUUAAUCGGUUUCCAGACUUCUAGGAGUACAUAUGAUCUUCCUCUCUAAGGCAUUAUGACCUUAUUAUUCCAUAUAUAUGUGUGUCAGUUCUAUCUUUUUUUCGA